UCGCUGCCCUACGUCACCAUGAACUUUGGCGGGCGAACAGGAAACAAAAUCUGCCAGUACAUGUCUUUGUCUUUGCUGAGGAAGGUGUUUGGCGUGCGGGUCUCGAUGCUUAGUUCCAUGCAGAAACCCCUGGAGCAUCUCUUCAUUAAGCUGGAUCUGCCGGGUGAAAAUCCCAAGUGUUUCCCAAGAUACACAAAACAGUUAAACUUCAGUGUCCUCUACCGAAAGCUUGUUGCCGAGAGCCAUGAAUUAGUGCUGCCUGAUGCACAACCAACUCACUACCCCCUCAACGAAUCUGUUUAUGUGUCUGAUUACCCCUGUCCACCCGACAUCCUGUUCCCAUUAAGAGAUCAAUUUCGUCAAGAGUUGGUCUUCAAGAAGGAGUUAACUGACAAGGCCAGACAAAAGAUUGCUGAGGGAAUUAAAGCGCUUGGUAUUUAUACCAACAAAAACAUCACCAAAGUCACCGUUCACGUCCGUAGAACAGAUUACAUUGAACAUAUAAAAUCGAGGUACCAGCUCACUCCACUGGACAAACUCUAUUUUCAACGAGCGUUUGAUUUCUUCAGGAAAAAAGUGCCUUACCCAGUCUUCCUGGUGACCAGUGACGACCCCAAGUGGUGUAAGGAAAACCUUAUAGACAAAGAUGUUGCUUUUGUUGGUUCCUCCAUGGAGGUGGACUUGACACUGUUGUCCCUCGGUGACCACCACAUCAUAACCUAUGGCACCUUUAGCUUCGUCAGCUCCUUUCUCGGGCGUGGCAUCAUCGUCUACCCAUAUAAUGAGAACAAGUGGCCUUUCUUCAGCUGCACGGAUUCUAAGAUCUUCCAGCUCCAACCGAUUCCCAGAGAUUAGCGUCCAUGUUCUGGCAGCUAUGGUCUGAUUCGAGGAAAUUGAUUGAUUAGUUCUUCUUUGUUGGUUCUUGUGAUAUCAUUGACUGUACCUUUUGCUAAUAUAUCUCAUAAAUCGUUACAUAUGGCUAUGUAUUGACAUACUGUUAAUAUACUAAGAUGUGUACCGGAUGUUCUUUUUUAUCAGUCACCAUUGUUAGAGCGGUUCGGUUUUCUAUGGCAGAUGUAAAAAGAUGUAUUUCCUUUUAAAUUAGUUUAUUUUGUGUAUUUAAUGUGAAUUAUAUUGGUUCAAUGUAAUAUUUAAUAUUUUGUAAUCAAAUAAUAUCGUAAGCUUAUACAAUACUUAUAUAAAGAAGUUUGGAGUAAAUAUUCUGAUUGUAAAUGAUGUAGUGAUUGUUUACAAUGAGACGCUCUCUCCUCCACAGGUGAAUACAUGGUGUAGAUGUUAGAUCAGGGAAGUGAUUGUAAUCUUAUUUCAUCCAUUGUAUAUCCUGCAUUUUACUAUUAAUUUACUCACCAGCAUUUAGGGUGAAUACUAAGUGAUACUUCUGUGAAUGGAGGAAGAGCCUUAUUGUGAGAUUAAGAUUGAUAAGUUACUAAAUCAGUUGAGCCAUAAGGCCAUGCCGUGUCAAUGUCUGUACGCUUUGCUUUAUUGUGAGUAUAAUAGUUGUUAAUUG